UUAAAUUCCAUACACAAGGCUCUUGUCUGAUUUAUACCCAAAUGAGUGGACAAAAUGGACAAAGUGAAUGGACAAAAUUUAUGGUGGAUGAAAUAUACAUUCAAAAUAACUGAAUUAUAAUGGACGGAGGAACAAUGGCAAUGUAUGCUUUGCCUACAAGUUUCGGUACACCGCAGAACCGUGGAGGAUAUAGAGGGCGCCAGCAGAUUCCGCCCGCUCAAGAUGGUCCGACUCCGAAAGAGGGCAAGGACCGGUUUGUGAACCCCUUGUUGAGCACUCAAGCGGUGGCGACGUUUGAUGGAAAGCGAAUGAGAAAAGCGAUUCAUCGUAAAACCGUUGACUACAACUCUGCUGUGAUAAAAUAUGUUCAGAACCGGAUUUGGCAGCGAGACUACAGGGACAAGAGAGCCAUACAGCCAGACAAUUUGUAUCAGCUUGACAUUGAACCGCCGUGCAGCACACUGGAAAACCCCAUUAACGCUGUGACGACCAAGUUCGUGAGGACAUCGACAAACAAAUUCCGCUGUCCAAUUUUUGUUUUAACUUGGACCCCCGAAGGUAGGAGACUUGUGACUGGAGCGUCGAGUGGAGAAUUCACUUUGUGGAAUGGACUGGCAUUUAAUUUUGAAACUAUAUUACAGGCCCACGACACAUCGGUGCGCGCGAUGCGGUGGAGUCACAACGACCAGUGGAUGGUGACAGCCGAUCACUCGGGCUACAUCAAGUACUGGCAGACCAACAUGAACAACGUCAAGAUGUACCAGGGCCACAAGGAGCCCAUCCGCGGAAUCAGUUUUUGCCCGAGCGACAGUAAAUUCGCAACAUGCUCUGACGAUGGGACCGUGCGUCUUUGGGACUUUGUAAGAGGACACGAAGAGAGAAUUCUCAGAGGUCACGGUGCGGACGUGAAGAGUGUUGACUGGCACCCGACUAAAGCUCUGAUAGCGUCGGGCAGCAAGGACAACCAGCAGCCAAUCAAACUGUGGGAUCCACGUUCAGGAAACAGCCUCGCAACCAUUCACGGCCACAAACACACGGUGAUGCAGUUGUCAUGGAAUCAGAACGGGAACUGGCUGUUGACGGCAUCACGUGACCACCUGUUGAAGCUGUUUGACAUCCGCAACAUGAAGGAAGAGAUGCACACGUUCAAGGGCCACAAGAAGGAGGCCACAGCUGUGGCGUGGCACCCGAUUCACGAAGGUCUGUUUGCUAGCGGAGGGUCUGAUGGAGCGAUCAUGUUCUGGAUGGUUGGGUGUGACCGUGAGGUGGGCAGCAUGGAGGAGGCUCAUGAGGGCAUGGUGUGGACGCUCGCCUGGCACCCGAUGGGUCACAUCCUCGCGUCCGGCUCUAAUGACCACUCCACGAAAUUCUUUACGAGAAAUCGCCCCGGAGAUCGGAUGCGUGACAAAUACAACUUGAAUAACCUGCCUGCGGGGACUGAGCAAGAGUUGCUGGAAUAUGAUCUGGAACCACAGCUGAUGCCCAGCUUGCCUGGAAUGGGUUUAGAGCACGGUCUGCCCGAACACCUCAAACCUAAAGUUGAGGAGGAAGUUGAGGAGACGUUGCCGUCGAUCCCCGGCCUUGACCUUCAGGCGGAGAACUUCCAGGCGUUCCAGAUGAACGACGCCCCCAAGAAGAAGAUUCCGUAUGCCCGGCCCAUCCCGCGCUCCUUCGAGCAGGCGUGGAAGGACAACAAGAUGAUGUUGCCUGGCGACGACAAGGAGCAGAAGAUGCCCAAACGGCAGAAGAAAAACAGACAGAUGCAGCCCAGUCCAGAUCGGGGUCAGGGUCAGGGUCAGGGUCAAGGUCGGUUUGACGAGAAGAUGGAUCGGAGGCAGCGUGACCGGGGAAACGAAUCAUGGCAGCAGCAGAUGGAUCCAGAUUUUCAGGGUCCUGGCAACGAGCCCGGUAUGCCGGGUCAAUUCAUGGGUGGAGAAAAGCCGUUCAGAGGAGACGGUCACAUGAAUCGAUCUCAGAUGCCGUUUGGAGAGCAGCCGGGACUGAACAUCCAGCAGAUAGGACCAGGGAUGGGAUCAGGGAUAGGAUCGGGGAUAGGAUCGGGGAUGGGAUCCGGAAUGGGAUCGGGAAUGGGAUCCGGGAUGGGUGUCCAGCAGAUAGGAGGUCGAGGAUCUCAGUCAGAUUUCAUAGGAGGAGGUCAAGGCGAGAUGAGAAUGGGUCAAGGUCAAGGACAAAGAAUGUUCAGUUUUGGUAACCUAGGCAACCAGCGAAACCAGCAGCCAGGCAUGAUGGGAGGACCGAACAUGAAUGACAUGAGACAGCAGAACAUGAUUGGUCAGCAGCAGAUAAGAGAUCCCAUGAUGCAACAGGGCAUGAACAGGUCGUCGUCGCAGCAACAACAGAUGAUGGAGUUUGGUGUGAAUAACAUGAGUGGUUCGCAGGACUCCAUGAACAAUCAGCCCAUGAACCGCGGCUUUGGCAGACAGGGUCACGGUCAGAGUGGAGCAGGUCAGAUUGGAGGUCAAGGUCAGGGUAACCGUAAUGGUGAAGAUCAAGACUUCCGAGGUCAAGUUUUCACUGACCGAGAUGAGAGAGAAAUGAUGGGCGACCUUGACCUGCGGCAGAUGGGGUCGGGCGGUCUGAACCAGUUUGGUGGUAACAGAGGUCGUGGUGGCGGAAGUGGAAUGAUGAUGGGAGGAGGUUCUGUGUCGCACAUGGGCGGCCGCGACUUCUCAGACAGAGAUAUUGGAAGCGGUCCGAAUCGAGGGGGUCUAGGAGGCAGGGGAAGUAAUCGAGCUGGCUUUUCACAGCAGCACGGCAGGGGUCAGAAAAGCGAGUGGGUGGAUGAUGACAACGACCUCCGACCCGGGAGGCGUUUACAAGGCGAUGUGGCAUCUGGUGGUCAGCGUGGCGGUUCACUCGGCCAGCAAUUUCCCGACCGCGGCGGUGUCGACGAUGAUAUCAGUGAGUUUGACAGCUUCAACAACAGUGCAGACCAAAUGGUGAGGGGGAGAGGUCAGGCCGAGGGGGCCAGGGGCCAGAGACCCGACUUCCCUGCCUCCAACAGAGGGCGGCAGUUCAACAGUCCCAACAGGGGGCGGAUGGGAGGCGGAGGUGGAGGGCAGCAGGCCGGGGAUCAAGGCUCGUUCCAAGACUAUUCGGCGGAGGACGGACCCAGUCGGAAACGCGGAUUCGACGACGGACCCGGUACAUGGGACAGGGGCGGCAACCAAGGAGGGGCGAGUGGCGACGAGCAAGGGAUGAACUUUGGGCGGGGUCUCGGGGGGUGGCACGGGCAAGACGGAGAUGGUGGAAAGAGAGAAGACUUCUCCUCAAAUCGCGGCGAUCGCUUUGGUAGUCCCAGAGGAGGGAGGGGUGGUGGUGGUGGUAGGGGAGGGGGUGGUGGUAGGGGAGGAGGAGGUGGUGGUGGCAGGGGAGGGAGAGGUAGAGGAAUGGGUGGAGGACGGGGCGGUAGGUCUGGUGGAGGUAGUAUGAGUGGUAGAGGAGGGGGUGGGUUCAGAGGAGGAAGGGGAAGAUAA